AUGGACUACCUUGGAAUAAGCAAGCUAGCACAAUCGGGGGAAAUUGCUUGGAGUGUGGCUCUUGCUGUCGUUGGGAUCAUGGUCAUUACAGUCAACAGCAUAACAUUGUUCACCUUCAGAAAGUCCAUGCAUUUUCGAUCUCGAAAACACAUAAUGGUCAUUAACCUGGCGGUGGUUGAUCUAAUGUAUGGAACUGCUGGGAUCCCUUUAACAGUCGUAUUUCUCCUAAAACCAACGUCAGUUUCUUUUUAUAUUUACCAAGGCUUCGUUACUUUUACAAAGAUGGCGUCUCUUUUUACUUUUGGAGCAAUUGCUGUGGAAAGAAUGCACGCUAUCGUUUGGCCCAUACGUCAUCAAGUUGUCCCAAACGGAGUCUAUAGAGCAGCUCUGGUACUUAUCUGGGUUUUAGCAGCAUUUGUGACUACCUUUUCUCUGCUUCAAUGGAGUGGCUACAUAUCCCUUAUUUUCUCAGAAACGGGGCCACUAAUCAUCGUCUUUGUAAUGAUCACUGUUCUCGUAUGUUACAUUAGCAUCUGGAUAUGUGUUCAUCGCAGAAAACGCCGGCACCCCAAUUUUGGCGCACAGGUUAAAAAGGAUAAAACUUUGGCCCUUACGCUUUUGAUGGUUGCAGGAACGUUUGCGGCAACAUGGUGUAUUCCGAUUAUUUAUCUGUUUAUUUCUAGAACAUGUAAAACGUGCUACCAGCCAUCCAUUGCUCAACGUGGUUGCAUCCAUCUGAUAUUUGCUGCACAGUCAGUACUUAAUCCUGUUAUUUACUGUUUUCGAUUGCCACUGUUCAAAGAAAGCCUAAAGGAGAACAUA